AUGAGGGGUUUUUCAUCUCUGUAUGCGCUGGCAGCUGUUGCCUCUACAGCAUCGGGUGCUAUUGUUCCCAUACACUUGAUGCGUUCGUCUUCAUCGCAUGGCUCUUCAUCAUCGCCUGUCCCUACGAAAUCAUAUGAUGAGUUCACGUUUGAUUGGGCCCUUGCAUCGUCGUUGGCAGGUAUCACUGGGCCACCGGAGGGUGCUACUAUACACCAAGACGUGACUAGCACAAUACCAUCAACCAUAUCGACUACUCUCGCAACAGCCACCAAGGCCACAACAGAGGUUACGGGUGGGUUAUCAAAGCCAGCUACUUUGUCGUCAACGACGAGUUCCAAAAUCGAAGUGAUAUCCCAAACGACAUCUGUGUUGACCCAAGGCCUUGGUUCACCCAGGGUAUCUACUCUCUCAUGGACGAAUAGGCCUGUUAUCACAGAAGCAGAGAGCAGUUCUAGGCCAACAACCGGGAUCCAGACCAAAGUCCCCACAUCAUCGGCGAGUUCGACUAAAUCUCCGAUCUUUCAAAACAUCAAGUCGUCCGUGGCCAAGACCUGCCCUGCGCCUGGUAGCCAGGUACCUGAAGUCUACUGGCUGGACGAGCAAGACCAUAACGAAAAAGGCGCAGGAUUCGCUCCCUACGCUAAGAGCUCGCAAUACCCUGUCUACCGAAACGUGAUGGAUUACUCUGUCGUAAACGAUGGCAGCGGUGAUCAAACUCCAAAGCUUCAAAAGGCAAUCGACGACGACGGUGUCGGCGGGAGCCGCAAAGGUCAGGGUGUCACACGGUACCCGGCUCAAGUUUAUCUCCCAGGGGGCGUGUACCAGCUUCAAACAACCCUCAAGCUGACGGUGGGCACCAUCAUUGUUGGAAACCCGUUGAACCCCCAAUUCUGA